UUGGGAACUAACCAAUAAAUGAUAAGGAAAACUGUUCGCCCGUGUGAGAUAUACAACGCACUCACGGAAAAGAAAAUAUUCUGGAAAGCAGGAUGGCCAGCAAGAGGCGAACCAACACCACUGCCACUGCUCGGCUAAAACAAGACUUCAUGCGUAUAGUGAAAGAUCCUGUCCCCUACAUUGUAGCUGCUCCUUUAGCCUCCAAUAUAUUAGAAUGGCACUACAUUGUUCUAGGGCCAGCCGAGUCACCCUACGAGGGGGGUUAUUAUCACGGAAAGUUGAUUUUCCCUAGAGAGUACCCCUUUAAACCCCCAAGUAUAUAUAUGAUCACACCCAAUGGAAGAUUUAAGUGCAAUACUAGGCUAUGUUUGUCAAUCAGUGAUUUCCACCCAGACACCUGGAACCCUGCCUGGUCAGUCUCCACCAUCCUGACAGGAUUGUUGAGUUUUAUGCUCGAAAAAAGUCCAACAUUAGGAAGUAUAGAAACUUCUGAUUACACAAAAAGAAGUUUAGCGGCUCAGAGUUUGGCCUUUAAUUUAAAAGACAAAGUAUUUACAGAAACAUUUCCCGAGAUCACCAAGGAAAUUGAAGAAAAACUUCAACAACAACAGGAAGAGCUGGCGCGAAGUACACAAAACACAACAGGACCAACGUCACAAACUUCACCCCAUCCCGGCCUACGACGCACCCCGGGGACUGGGCACGCGAUGAACGCUAAUGGUCAGGAGCAAGGCUUCUUAAAUGGCGCUCUGGCGAACAUUGCCGUCAUAAUCGGGUUCGCAGCUUUUGCAUACACGGUGAAAUACGUACUGAAAAGCAUAGUGGAGUGAAGUUGUAGUUGGUCUUUUCAUUGACAUACCGGAAAACCACUGACGCAGCAGAACUUGAACUGCGAUUGAUUAAUGGUGACAUUUUAAGUGAAUUACGAGAGAAGCUCCCCUUCCUAGAAGCCUACCAUCCUCAGACGAAGUGACUGAGGCGGGAGCAGGCGUAUUAUGAACAUGGACUUUGAACUGUGUGGAAUAAGUUUUUAUUGAUACAGUGUCUAUAAAGCAAAGAGGCGAGGGAGCAGCCACAUGGAUUCUUCAAUGUCGCCUCAUUAGUUACAUAAAUCCCAUUGGAGAUUACUACUCACAAUGAAGAUGUUUCACCAGGUCUUAACGGUGGUCAAAUAUUUUUGAUCCUCGUAUCAUAACUCCCCCACAUCGUCACUGCCCCGACGUCAUUACCGCCCCUAGCCAAAAAAUUAUAUUACCCACGUCGUUCCUCCGCAUCGUCACCCCCACGCGUUGACCCC